GGGCUGGAGAGGAACAGGGUGUGGGCGAGGGAUGGCCCCUCCCAGGAAAUCUGAUUUUAAACUCUACAGCGAAAGGUUUUGCCGUAGAGGCUGACGACUCGCCCGGGCCCUGACACUAUGUACACGGCGAUCCCCAAAAGCGGCUCCCCCUUCGAUGCCUCGGUGAACCAGCCAGGCCUGCACAUCUGGCGGGUGGAGAAGAUGAAGCCGGUGCCGGUGCCGGCAGAGUCCAAGGGCAUCUUCUACUCGGGGGACUCCUACCUGGUCCUGCACAACGGGCCGGAGGAGCAAGCCAACCUGCACAUCUGGAUCGGCCAGAGCUCCUCGCGGGAUGAGCAGGGUGCCUGCGCUGUGCUCUCCACCCACCUCAACACCCUGCUGGGCGAGCGGCCCGUCCAGCACCGCGAGGUGCAGGGCAACGAGUCCGACGUCUUCAUGGAGUACUUCCCCCACGGCAUCAAGUACCAGGAGGGCGGGGUGGAGUCCGCCUUUCACAAAACCCAGUCCAGCCAGGGCUCUGGGCCCAUCCGCAAACUCUACCAAGUGAAGGGCAAGAAAAACAUCCGGGCCACCGAGCGGGAGCUGAGCUGGGCCAGCUACAACACCGGGGACUGCUUCAUCCUGGACCUGGGCGACACUAUCUACAUGUGGUGCGGUGAGACAUCCAACAUCCUGGAGCGCAACAAGGCCCGGGACCUGGCGCUGGCCAUCCGGGACAGCGAGCGGCAGGGCAAGGCCCAGGUGGAAAUUGUGUCCGACGGGGAGGAGCCGCCCGAGAUGAUCCAGGUGCUGGGUCCCAAGCCCGCUCUGAGGCAGGGCAGUCCCGAGGAGGACGCCACGGCGGAUCAGAAGAACGCAGGGGCGGCUGCUCUCUAUAAGGUGUCGGACGCAACGGGGAAGAUGAACCUAACCAAGGUGUCCGGGAGCAGCCCCUUCAGCCAGGGCCUGCUCUGCACCGACGACUGCUUCGUCCUGGACAACGGCCAGUGCGGCAAGAUCUACGUGUGGAAAGGUCGCAAAGCCAACCAGCAGGAACGGGAGGCAGCCCUGAAAACGGCUGAGGAUUUCAUCUCCUGUAUGAAGUACUCCCCGAAGACUCAGGUGGAGAUCCUGCCCCAGGGCCGUGAGAGUCCCCUCUUCAAGCAGUUCUUUGCAAGCUGGAAGUGAACCCAGAGCCUGCCCCAAGGCCACCGGAUGCUGCUUCAUCUAUGAGCCUGCCCUCCGCUCUGUAGCCACCGAGCAUCUCAUUAAAGGACCCGCACGGGGCCCCAUCUGCCUC